AUGACAACACCAAAGUUGUUUCGUGCCAUCGCAGACUUUUCGUCUGACGAUGCAGAGGAUCUCCAGUUCCGGGCUGGUGCCACCAUCAUUGUCACAGAUCAAGGCGAAGGCAAAGAGUCCUGGUGGGAGGGUGAGCUCGAUGGCAAGAAAGGCACCUUCCCCGGCACGUUUGUUGAGCCGCUGUCCAAGUUUGUGAGGCAAAUGGGUGCCCAGGCGUUCAGUGUUGCAGACAAGGACAAGGAAGAGGAGGAGGAGGACGAGGAAGAAGAGGAAGAACAAGCAGAACAAGGAGAGAAACAGUCACAGCAAAUCAGGCAGUUGCAAGCGAGCAGUCCAACCACUGGCCGCGCAGCCCCGCAUGGUGCCGCUAAGCGUGUCAGGUUUGAUCUUGGCUCCUCCACAAUGUCGGAGACAUAUGGCAAGUUUGAAUACGACCGUAGUGGCGAGUUCAACCCCGACAGAUCACACCAGGAAUGGCUGCUGGAAGAGGCGGAAGAGAAGCUGCGCAUGCUGCGCGACCGCUGGUCAUAUCUCGAGUCAAAGCUCCCGCGCGGACAGAAGUGCGAGGAACGCAUCGCCUAUGAAAGUGAGCGCUUGCGACGGCUGCAAGAGGCGCGUGCAGCACGCCGCUCUGGGGAGCAAGGCCAACACGCGGGACUGCCAGGUGCACAGGAGCGAGGGGGCGCUGUUGCUGCAGCACCACAACAGCAGCAGCAGCAGCAGCAACGUGCUCGCGUGAUGUUCCUGCAAGGUGCAGCGAACGACAGGGCGCCGCCACCAUCGCAGCCCGUGCUGUCACUUGAGCCGACGGACGAGGACGUGGAGACGGACGAUCUGACUGCGACGACGCUCACAUUCCACCGCGGGAGCACGGGUUCUGGGCAAGAGAAGGAGGAGGACACGACAGCGCCGGCUGCAGAUGAUGCGGGGACACGGGGCGACAGCAUCGAUGAUGACGCAGCGGCUGACACAGCACCAGUCACGCCCGCUGUGAACGGCAGUAACGCGAGCACAGCGGCCACGCCUGCCAGCGACACCACGACCGCGACCAACAGCAGCAACACUGAUACAGGCGAUGGUCGAACGCCGCUCGAUGUCGCAAUUGAUCGACUCGAGGAGACAAUAGCGCAGCUGGCGCGGGAGGACGAGGGCGGCGUGACGGGAUUCGCCCGCGAAUUCCUCGUGCUCGACCAGCAGGACCACGAAAUGUUCCGGCGCCGCAAGACGGAGGCCGGGGAGAAGCGUCGCGAGCUCAACCGCUACUCGGACAUCAUUCCAUAUGAUGCAACGCGAGUCAUGCUUGGGCCCCAGGACUCAUCAGAAAAUUACAUCAACGCAAGCCACAUGCGGAACCUGCUGCCCGGGUCACCGCACUAUAUCGCUGCGCAGGGCCCGCUCGAGGGCACCGUCGCACACUUCUGGAAGAUGAUCGCACAGGAAAAGACGCGUGUGAUCAUCAUGGUGACGAACACAGAGGAGAAGGGGCGACGCAAGUGCGAAAAGUACUGGCCAGAUCCCGGCCACGUCCUCUCAUUCGAGGGCUCGGUCCACGGCCCCGCUGUUCAAGUGCUCUGCAAGUCCGAAACGCGCGCACAGGCCUGGGUGCGUCGCGAGUUUCAAGUGACGCAGGUGCAAGACGGAGAACGGGUGGAGCUGAACGUGUCGCAGCUGCACUUCACGAGCUGGCCCGACCGCGGUGUACCGCACGACCCCGUCAUGUUCCUCAGCUUCCUGCACACGGCCAUGGCUGCGCAGAACGCCGCGCACAAGCAAGCGCUCAGCAUGAAGGAGGAGAGCAUGCCACCAAUAGUCGUGCACUGCAGCGCUGGUGUUGGUCGCACGGGCGUGUUCAUCCUCGUCUACUCCAUCCUCACCUACCUCCCAUAUGUGAACAAGGGCGGGCGGUAUGUGCUCAAUGUGCGGGAGACAAUCCAGCGCAUGCGAAAAUACAGGCGCUACCUUGUGCAGACAGUCGACCAGUAUGUGUUUUGCCACCACACCAUCCUGCAUGCGACCAAGUUCUAUCGUGACGGCAGCAAGCGUCUCAAGCAGCAGAAGCGAACAACAACAACAACAACCACCGCCGCCGCCGCCACUGCGUCGCCCGCCACAACUGCAGCAGCAGCAGCUGUUGUUUCGUCCUCGUUGGAGGGCCGUCCCGUCUCUGUUGACGAUGGUGCGCCCACACCCCCGUCGUCAUCAUCGACACCAGCAACAACGCCUGGUGGACACCGCAGAUCACCGGUCGACGUCUCCGUGGACGCAACGCCCGAAGAAGAACAGGACCAGGAACAGCAACGACAGCAGCAGCAGCAGCGUGCAUCGGUUGCGCCGUGGCACCACCCUGAGCUGGAUCGUCCUCAAGCGGAGGCCGCGAUCAUGGCCGUUGAGAGCCGCAGUGAUGGCCUGUUUCUGUUGUACGGGCACGCCUGUGUUGACGCAACCAGUAGCGAAGACGCGCGCGUGUCACUCGCCGUGCUUGCAGGCAACGAUGUGCAUCACAUUGAAAUCACCCAACACGACAGCGGCUUUGCGCUUGGCCCGCACACCGCCGAGGACCUUGCAUCGUUGGUGCUGCAGCUUGCGCGGGCGGGUAUGUCAGUGCACGUGCCCGCUGCGCUGUCGUUCUUCGUUCCGCACGCGUCCGCCGCACAGGAGGCCGUCAUCAUUGAGCUGCAGCGGCUGGAGGAGGCGGCCCAACAGCAUCAGCAACGACAGCAGCAGCAGCAACAGCAACAGGAGGAGCAACAACGGCAGCACCAAGCGCGGGUCGCGGCGGAGACGAGUUUUUCUCACGUUGCGCCACCUGUGGGCACACCGGAGCGCGGUGGUUCACGCACGAGCAUCACGUCUGCGUCAACCGACGUGUCCAUGGAAGGGGAUGGUACGCCACGCAAGUCAUCGCUUCGCUCUCGAAUGAAAAACUUCAAGAAGAAGCUCACGCCGCGCAAGAGCAAGGAAUUGCGGGAAGCGACAGAAGUGAAGCGAACGCUUCGCAUUGCUCAGUUCUCCCCACCCGAUCCAAAGGUGCUCAGCAGUUCCUUCAAGCGGGGCGGGGAUGUGCUUGAACUGUCUGGCAGAUCGCACUACCUCACAUUCCUCAAUGGUGUCUAUCGCGAAGUUGAGCGCUCCCACCGCGGUAACCCCGUCUAUAAGCUCAUGGCGCCAAUUGAUGCCCCACACACGCAUCUGCACGGCGAGUAUGUGUUUCUGUUCAUGGACAUUGACGACAAGGCGUGGGUGUUCUUCCUUCCAAACGCUGGCCCGGUCGCUUGCUGCGCGGCCAUCUCAGCGGAUCCCGUUGAGACGGACGGCGAGUGGAUGAUUGUCAACACGCGGAACGAGCUCGUCCCAGAUGCAGCCGUGCACAUCUCACGACUCGCAGGUGUGCCUGAGCGUCGCCAUCCAAGCCGGGAAGCAGAGAGCGCAGAGCUCAUGAGUUUGCGGGAGGAAGUACAGACGCUUCGCGUGCGGCUGAAGGAAGCAUCUGAGCGCGAGCACCUCGCGACCAAACUCAUCCAGUCUCAGAAGACUGUCAAAGACCAGCUCUCGCAAUCUCAGCACCGCGAGCGAGAGCUGGCGAUGCGGCUUGUGGAGUUGCAGGAGCUGGUGGCGAGCAAACUCGGCAUGGAUGACCUUGAGGAACUGCAGGAGGCGGCAGCGAAAGCAUCUGGCACGGAGAGUGAAUUGCAGCAGCAGUUGCAAGUUGCGGAGGCGAGGAUUGAACAGCUCGAGAAUGAACUUGCUCAGGCAGCAGAGGUUGAGACGAGCCUGCGCGACCAGAUCAACCGUCUUAGUCUAGCGGAGGAAGGCCUCUCCCGUCGCAUCGAGCGCCUGGAGAUGCUCCUUGACGAGAAGACAGAUGCCCUGAACCAGUCCGCAUCCAACGAGGAGUCCCUUGCUCGCGAGCUUGCGUCUGCAAAGGUGCAGAUUGCAGAGUUGAUGGAAGAAACAAACGCGUUUGCGCAGCCACCCACCGCCAGUUUCAAACAGGUGUUGGACUUGUCCAACAUUGAUGAGGAAGACGAAGAAGAGGAAAGCGCCGAUGAAGCCACCAUCAAAGCACAGCAGGUUGAGGCAGCGCGACAGAAGGCCCUCAACGCCGCCAACAUCUUCGCUGACGAGAGCGGAUUUGCACCGCCGCCAAAGCCAUCGCAAGAGCGGCGGGGAUUGCCAGCUGGUAUCUUGUGGGGGGAGGACAAUGCUGAUGGCGAUGAUGACGGUGACACUGCUGGCGCUGUUGACGACGACGACGACGAUGAUGAUGGUGAUGGUGAUGAUGACGCACGCACGCGGACGCUUCACCUGGCCGGGUUUGGCGAGUCCAUGCUUGGCGGCGACGAAAGUAGCAUGAUGGACGAUGAUGAUGACGACGAUGAGGAUGACUCGUACAUUCCAAUUGAUGACCAAGAAGAGUACAUUGCACUUCAGGAUUUUCAAGCCGUUGCUUCAGAUGAGCUGUCUUUCUCACGGGGGCAAACCAUCCUCGUGACAGGCCGUCAGGGGCAGGACUUCUAUGGACGACUGAACGGACGCGAGGGCCGGUUCCCCAUGCGCUACGUCGGCACCAAGAUGUGACCACAAUGUGGUUGUUGAUGGCGAUGAUGACGGAAGCGAUGGUAACCACGACGUCUUGUUGAUGUGGCCUGACCUGAAUCCACAUUGCCUUUGCGCGUUGACUGGCAGGUUGCCGUGUUGGCCGCUGUGCAUGUUGUGCUCUGCUUCCUUGUUACUGUUUCUCCUGCCUCUCCACAACACGCCUUGCCUUCCUUUCGUCACAUCACCUGUUCCUUUGUUUCCCUGUACGCUCUGUAUGUGUGUGUGUUGUGAUGUGAUGAUCUGCUUUCUGUUCACAACUAUGUUUUUUGCUUCUUCAGUCGUUGCAUACAAUGGUUGUGGUUGUCGAGAGUCAUGGUGACAAGUUGUUUCUCACUGCAUUGUCAACGUGUGCGAAGUGUGUGUGUGUUGUGUGAAUGUGUGUGCUUGUUCCCUUCUUAGUCACUGCUUGCCUUAGCGGUUGUUCAAUUGAAGCAGAUCAUCAUGUGUCAG